GGAAGUGCAUCUGGUUCCUGCCGGCGCGGCGGAGCGGGUUGCAUUCCUGCAGCGCGUCGGCCUCGGAGAGCGGACAGGACGUGGUCACAUCUGAGAUCGGGUCCGAUGUUGCGAGGCCCCGGAUGGAUAUCAAAAUGACGGACACUUCUGAAGCAGUGCGGAAUUUCGAAGAGAUGUUUGCCAAGAGAUUCACAGAAGAAGACCAGGAAUUCCAGGAAUACCUAAAACGCCCUCCCGAGGCCCCUCCAAUUGUCGAAGAGUGGAAUAGCAGAGCUGGUGGAAACCAAAGAAAUCGAGGCAAUUGGUUACAAGACAACAGACAUUUUAGAGGGGAUGGCAGACGGGGGUGGUCCAAUGACAGUCGAUCAAGCCAGUGGCACGGACGAUCCUGGGGGAACAGUUACCAGCAGCAGAGACAAGACCCCUACUACCUCCCACAGUAUGGACACUGUGGCUACAAGCAGCAGCCUCCCUACGGGUACUACUGACAGGACACCAGCAGUCAGCAAAGCCAUUUUCUCUGGGAACAUGGAUCGUGAUGGAGCCCAGGGCCUGAGACACUUGACCUGGGCUCUACCCAAGUCCCUCGAAGGGCUGCUUUGUCCGUUCUGGGGGUCUAGAGAAGCAUCAGAAUUACAAAUCUGCCAUCUGUAGCUGCCAUGCAAGAAGGCGACUGCCUGGAGUGAUGUCUCCGAAUGGAGAGAGAACAUAAAACUGCAAGUCUUGAUUAUUCUUGGUUUUUCAUAUAAAAUGUUCAGUGGCAUUUAAAAGGCACAGAAAACAUUUCUGUCUUCCUCUGUCACUUGGAAACUGUACCGGUAAGAAGGCAACUCUCCAAAUUCUCGAAGUGCUUGGCAAUGGUUUCAUUUAUGACGGAGAUGUGGAGCUCUCAGCAAUGCUUUCCUGUAGGCUGUGAUCCAAGAGAAGUCUGGAUGCUUAGUCACAGCCACUCCUAACAUCCUCUCCACUUAGCAGCUUUGUGAAGUCACAGAACCAGACAAAUAUGUUCCAAGCUGGUACCAAUAUCCUGGUAACAGUAUCCUGGGUAGAAUGCUUUUGAAAGUUCUA